CGUCAUCUACUAAGGCUGUGGUUUAUGUGAUAAGUGUUGACUCACUGGCAUACUAAACGAAAAGAAAAUAUAAAUUGUAGAUACUUCGAGCGGAUUGGUGUAGUGAAUGAUGUAUUCUCAUUUAUUUAGUUAAAAAAUUGUUGACACUGAGUGAGUGACAGUACAAACAACAAGAAGGAAGGAACUUCAAAUUUUACGUUCAUCUUGUUUGUCGGUCAUCAAAUUCAAAGAAAGUUGUCCACAUUCGUAAUGAUAUCAGGAAAUAAUCUCAAUGUUAUUUUGCUUAUUAUAGUCUGCUGCCAUUCAGGUAUACUCUAUACCCAAGGAUGUGGGGAUAUCCAUCAUCGUGGACAAGGUGAGAUUAGAUCUCCAAACUACCCAGACCCAUACAAUAAUAAUGAAAAUUGUGUCUGGAAGAUAAAGUCUUAUACUGGAGAAGUGGUUACAAUCAGAUUUCAGCAUAUGGACAUUGAACGUGGUGCAGAAUGCAUUGACAGUCUGAAAUGCACAUUUAACCGUUCUGUUACCGAGACAUACUGCGGUACUAAACUGCCAAACCCUAUUACAACACAGUAUGCAACGCUAGAGUUUACUACCGAUCAAACCAAUGUUCGUGAUGGAUUUUUACUGGAUUUCUAUACAAGCAAAUACCCAGCAUCUUCGUGCAACCAAGAAACUGAAUUUUUCUGCAAGGCAGAAAGGAAAUGCAUCCCCAUAAAUUGGAAAUGUGAUGGCCAAUCAGAGUGCAGCGAUGGCGCAGAUGAGGCAGAUUCAGAGUGCAGACCUGUGACUUCCGUUGUACCAGUAACACAAGCUGAAUGUGGGUUAUACUAUUUUUACUGCCGAUCUGCCAAAACACACGAAUACGCAUGCUACCCAGAGGUGAAGAAAUGCGAUACAGUGAGGGACUGCGAGGACGGGCGCGAUGAGGAAGGAUGCCAACAAUGCAUACACUAUCUGCAUGACAGUAUGGGUUACUUCACCUCGCCAAACUUUCCGUCAAAUUACGGCUUUAAUCUUCUAUGCCAAUGGAAGGUGAUUGUGAAAGAGGGCAAUACCAUCCAGUUGAGAUAUGUAGAUUUUAUGCUUGAUGGUGGCGAGCAUACUGACUACAUCUGGGUUUACGAUGGUGGUAGUGAAUAUGCUGAUAGGUAUGGUCCAUAUUUUGGGUCAACAUCAAAGGAGAGUUCGAAUAUGCCGCCAAAAGUGAUUGAAUCGACUGGUGAUAGGAUGCUGAUUACAUUCCAUUCAGACAGCGUUUCAAAUGGUGGCACAGGAUUCAAUUUUACCUACCAAACUAAAGGUAGUUGCUUAUCUAAUCAACUGCCGUGCUCCGAUGGUACAAAUUGCUAUGACAGAGACCUUGAAAAAUGUGAUGGCAAGUUUGCAUGCAGCAAAGGCGAAGAUGAGAUGGGAUGUUUUAAUUGCAAGGAUACACAGAUAGCCUGCUCUACAACUGACAGUGGCUGCUACACUCCGGAUAAACGAUGCGAUGGCCAAGCAUCUUGCAACCAAAAAGAGGACGAAAGCAAUUGUCCAGUGGAACUAUGCAAUGAUGUGAAAGGCCUUUUUCUCUGUGACAACAAGCACUGUAUCUUUGAAAGCUGGAAAUGCGACCUGGCGGAUGAUUGUGAUGACAACAGUGACGAACGAGAUUGUCCCGUAUCAAACAAAGUUAUAACUGCAGCAGUAGUGGGUUCGAUUAUCUGUGGGUUGCUACUUGUUGCUGCUCUAAGUUGUACUUGUAAACUUUACCAAUUGCAUAGUGGUGACCCAUACCAGCCAUCUCACACAUCCCCCAUGCAAGAGAUAGAACAGCAAUUGUUAUGGAGAGAAGCUCCUCCUUCAUACAUUGCGACUAUGGCUUCUCCACAUUACUCUCAAGCUCAGCAAGAGUUCAUCAGCAAUGGACAGGCCCCGGUGGCUUCUUCUGCAACGACCAGUAUCUCAGAAAGCAGAAGAACUAGACGUCCUAAUUUUUUUCGUAUGUUGUCGUGGGAUCGAUUUAGUCAGAGGAGAAGUCGUGAUAGAGGAAAUAGUGGGAGUCACUCGAAUACAGUAAAUGCUGAUGGCCAAGCACCGACUAGUACUACAGAACCAGAUGUAAUCCAUCAACAAAUAAGUGCUAACAGACCAAAUCCUGCACAUGUCAGCGGCAUACCGCCAGAAGAUGAACCCACACCUACCAGUACUGAAUUACAGCCAAAUCCUCCCACACCUCUUUCAGAACCUUCACCUUCCUCUGAAAGUGGUGCCGUAUCAGACACAGACUCUGACACAAAUCACGAAGCUAGUGAUAGAGACCAUCUGGACAGACGGAUCUUGUAUGCAGCUGCAAACCUGCGACGGAUACGCAUUAACGGUGGUGUCCAGAAUUUGUACCAACACACUGCACAUAUUAAUACAAGCAGAAACUGUCUACCAUCUCAGGCAGUUUCUCAAAAUGGUAUGGCAGCCAUGCCAAGAUCCAGUUCAAAUGUUCCUUUAGAAACUGUUGAGCCUUCAAGGCCAGAGCCAAUGCAUACUUCUGUCUCAACUGAUGCAAUCACAAACAUAUGCCAGGCUGGCCAGCCUGAAGAGCAAUCAUCUAGGCCUGUACAAACCCAUUCUCGGGCUGCUUCUGACGGCUCUGUCAUUUCCACAGGCUCUGAUUGCACAGCUCCGUUACUUGGACGGCCAACUAGAGAGAGUCUGUGUUGACCAACAAACAUUUUAUAGAAUUUUGUAAAGCAUGUUCUUGUUUAAAGGAUAUAGAGUUUUAUUUGGUGUCUUUUUUAUGUAAAUCAUCUUGAAGAGUAGGUAUAUUUGAAAUACAGUUUAAAGAUAUUCAUUACAUUAGCUGUUAAUAUAUUUUAUGAAGGAAAACGAAGCUAAUUACUUGCAUUAUUGGGUUUGAUAAUGCGUACAAAGACAAACAUACAUGUGUGGAUGGGGAGGUGGAAUUUUUGACAUUGCUGAAAGAGUCUAGUGCGGCAUUCUCCCUUAGGAAAAAUUGCAGACCAUGUAAACUUGAGUAGUGAUGAGUAACAGUUCUGCUAUGAAUAUUAAAAAAUAAUAAAUGAUCAUAAUUACAUCAUUAUCAUCAAUAUCAUAAUCAUCAUCAUUGUCAUUUCAUAAUCUUAAACAUCUUUCCCAUCACCUCCAUUAACAUAAUAUUCUUCAUCAACAUUAAUUUCAUCAUUUUAUUUAUCAUAAUUUUUAUUCAUCAUCAUCAUAAUCAUCAUCAUGAUUAUCGUUAUAAUCGUCAGUAUAAUCUUAAAAUUUUAUAUAUUAUUAUCUCAUCAAAUUUAUGGUAAAUUUCAUUAUUUUAUACAUAGAAGCAUUGCAAUGUGUUCAUUUUAGUUCAAGUAAUAAUUAUCAUAAAAACUUUUACAUCUCCUUGCUAGGAGUGCUAAAGAUAAGUCACUGCUACCACUGCACUGAUCUAAAUUAUUAUUUUCUUGGUCUUCCUUAAUAGAUCUUUGAUAUGCAAUAACUUUCAUUACUAGUGAUCAUUUAUUCUAGAGUUUGUUGUGUGUAGCAAUGUAUUAGAGAACCCUUAUCAUUGGUAUAAGGCAUAACCCAUACAAUUUUCUUUUUUUAGUAAUUUUUCCUACUUAUUAUGGUAUUGUCUGCCACAAUUUAAUACUUACCUAAUACAUGUGUAAGAUUUUCUCAGUAUAUUUAUAGGGUCAGUGGCAUAAAUAAAUGGGGCAGUAAGGGGAAGUAGUGGGGGUGUUUUGUUGCUGUACACCUAGCUAAUUUUCUAUCCUAACAAAACAUUGCAUAUCUGCUAAUUAAUUGUAAUUUAGCAACUUUUAUAUAAUUCAAUAAUAAUAUAAUUCAGUAUGUUCCCUCUUUUGGUUUGGGCUUUAUGUUGCAAAUGGUGAAUAUGUAUUUAACAUAUCUGUAUACUAUUUUUUGGCACUCUUGUGUACCAUUCGGUGACAUCUUUGUGUUACCCAGUUGGUGGCAUCUGUUUGACAUUUGGUGAAAACUUUGUACCGUUUGGUGACUACUGUGUGCCAUUUGGUGACAUACUGCGUGCCAUUUGGUGACACCUGUAAAUCAUUUGGUGACAGCAUUACCGUUUGGUUCCACCUGUGUUCCAUUUGGUGACAAUUGUGUGCCAUUUGACAACACCUGUGUUUCACUUGGUGUCACCUGUGUUUCACUUGGUGUCACCUGUGUGUCACUUUAAAUGAUAUUGUAUAAAUUGAGAGGAAAAGUGAAUUGUAUAUAUCUGUAUAUUGUGAUUACAUAAUUGAUUAUGUAAAUAUUAAUACAAAUAUAUGUAUAUGAUGUGAAGGCACAAUGUACAUCCUUGAAUUGAUGUAUGCGCAGAAAACAUGGCCACCCAUUAAGCUCUAUUCAGACUAUUAAAUUUUAUUUGACAAAAACAUGUGACAUGCCUAAAUAUGGUCAUGAUGACAUCACAUCAUCCAUAUAUAGGCACAUCAUGACUAUAUAUGGGCAUACAACAGUUUUUUGUCAAAGAAAAUUUGAUAAUCUAGACAGAGCUUUUGGCUUUUACAUGUCUUGCAUGUGACAUUAUUUUGAAGAAGAAAACACAGAUAUUGGUGUUUGAAUAAUUUUUUUCUGUGUGCUUUAAUGAUUUUUCAGAUAUUUUUUUUAAAGAUAAUCAUUAUUGAUAUGUCAUGCUUAAAGAGAUGCUGUCUACGUUGGAUUAAAUAAAUAAUAUUAAAUAUUUAAAUUACAUGUUUGCUAGUAGAAUAAUGUUAAAUACUUACUUUGUAUAUUGAGGUAUAAAGUUCUUAGAUUUCUAUAAAAAUAAAAAGAAAAUAGUUUCCUUUUAAAGAAUUAACAGACAUAUUAAGAACAACAUUCAUUUAUAAAUUGCAUAGUCGUAAAUUGGCUGAUUUUAGUAGAGUAUGUGUAAAUUAAAUAAGUCUCACAUUGCGAUUUUGCUUUAAUACGACAAGCAGUGCUACGACCUGCUCAGUCUAAAAUCGUCUGGUGCAUUGGAGUUGGGAAAGGUGUGAGAGGUAUUGGGUAUACGACACGACACGGAUAGUCAUAUGUAAGCAUACGAUAUCGUGGAGUUUUCAACAUUCAUUCAACAUUCAAAAAAUUGCAGUUGUAAGUGUCGUAGCACAGCAUAUCGUAAGAAAAAUCACCAUGUGUGACUGGCUUUAGAAAAAAUUGUCUUUUUUCAUGUCUACAUUGAUAACUUUAUUUAAAUUAGAGAAUCAAUGUUUUAAUUAAUAAUCUGAUGGUUUUAUAUUUUAUAACAGAAAGACAAUAUAUCUAUUAGCAUGUUUUUUUUCCCACAUAUUCGUAUGUACUUGCAUUUAUUUUCAAUUUUGGACAUUUUUUAGAAAUGAUCAAUUGAUAAUAUGUUGGAUUGGAAAAUGUAUUUAAUGUUUU